UGCAGAAGAAAAAAAAAUCUGAAAAAUUAUUUAGGUUUGUGUGUGUGUGUAAGUGCGCAAGACUGCAUGUGUAGCAGCUGGUUCUGGUCAGCUGACAGUUAUUGCAGACUGUGAUUUGUUGGAUGUGCUGGGCUGGGCUGAACCAUGCACAGCUGCAGCCAGUGAGUGAGUGAAUUGGAGGGAGAGAGAGAGUGAGGGACAGAGAGAGAGAGAGAGAGAAAGAGGGGCAGAGAGGGAGGCAUGUAAGGCUGCCAGUGUGUAAACCUCAGCAACAGCAACAUUAGGAGUUGGAGACUGGAGCAGAGCGAGGGAAAACAGAUAAAGCGUACAGAGCUGGUAGCAGUGAAGCUGGAGGGUGAGGUGAGGCUGCACAGAGGUUAGGAUGGAGCCUUAGUUCUUGCAUUGGGCUUCAACGGAGCACAGCAGCAGCAGCACCGCUGGCUGGACCAGGGGCUGAACUUUAAACAGCAGGGCAGGGCUGCUGAGCUCACACAGACAUCUAGGUGAGGCCUGGACGGGAUCAGGCUGGACAAGCAGCAGGAGUCUGCAGCAGGAUUAUGGGUUGCUCGGCCAGUGUGGUCCUACUCCUGCGCUCGGUGGGUGGAGCGGACUGCGGCCACAUAUGUUCACGACAAGACCAGAUGUCAGUGGAGGCCGCCACACCCACCCUGGAGGGCUACACCACCACCUCAUCACCAGUGACCAUCAUUGUAAUGCAAGAGAAGCCUAAGCUGAUUGAUCCUCUUGACUAUGAGGCCGUCAUCUCUGAACUGAGUGAUGAGUUGAAGGAAGAUCCUCUCCGAGACCUCCUCCUGUUUCCUGACAAUGAUUUCUCGGUAUCUACUGUGCCUCAGGAGAGACGGACGCUCAAGUCAACCGUUCCUGAGGGGGCAGAACAACAGGCCGAAUGUCUGCUGGUCAGACAGGCCUGUAAGUAUUACAACUCUGAGCUAAACGUGGUCCAGUUCAAGUAUGAUGACUACGCCGGAGAUUACCGUCUACUGCCAAGGAAACUGUACAAAGCAGAGAAGCUGCCAUCACAUUCUUUUGAGAUAGACUAUGAAGAUGUGGACAAGGAUGAGGACACCACCUCCCUGUCCUCGUCCAAAGGAGGAGGAGGAGGAGGCGGAGGUGGCGGAGGAGGGGGAGGGAUCGGCGUGUUUCGUUCAGGCUGGCUGUACAAAGGGAAUUUCAACAGCACCGUCAACAACAGCAUCACAGUUCGGUCAUUCAAGAGGAGGUAUUUCCAGCUAACCCAGCUGACAGACAACUCCUACAUCAUGAACUUCUACAAAGACGAAAAGAUUUCUAAGGAGCCCAAAGGGUGCAUCUUCCUUGACUCAUGCACGGGUGUGGUACAGAAUAACCGCCUGAGGAAGCACGCCUUCGAGCUGAAGAUGAACGAGGUUACGUACUUCGUGCUGGCCGCGGAGAGCGAACAAGACAUGGAGGAGUGGAUUAGCACGCUGACCCGCAUCUUGCAGAUCAGCCCGCCUGACGGGCCCGCUCCAGACCGCAAGAGUCUGGACCUCACCGAACAUCGGCAGGAUGUGUUCGACCUGUCGAUAAGCGACGCAACUUUGCAGGAAAAUGAAGAAACUACAGAGAAUGGCAUCAAUCCAGAGCUAGCAAAGUACAUCUCGGAGACGGACGAAGGAAUUCGCUCUGCCAGGAGAGAAGAGCGGUUAAAUCUGUUCUCCCUCGACCCUGACACACCCGUUCUGAGGAGCCCUCGGACUGAACAUUCGUCAGCUGAAAACACGCCGGUGCGCCCGUUUGAGGAGAAGCUGGGCAGGAGGUUUAUGAUAACUUGCAAAUCCCUCAACCUCAUGCUGCAGGGCUGUGUGAGCGAGAGUGAAACUGGACCAAUCACCAAUAUCGAACCCUUCUUCGUGUCGCUGGCUCUGUUGGACGUACGGGAAGGGAGGAAGGUGUCUGCAGACUUCCAUGUCGACCUCAACCACGAGACGGUGCGACAGAUGCUCGGGGGCUGCUGUAAUGGGACGGGGGGCACGGGCACGGGCGUUGGAGGUCAGGAGAAUGGCUUGUCCUCCCCCGCAGAGAAGAAGCUGGGCGACUGUUACCUCAGCCUGGACCUGGAGCACUGGCUUUGCUUUCCCAAACAGGCCAUUUUCUCCGUGACCAACCCCCACACAGACAUAGUGAUGUUGGCAAGAGUGGAAAAGGUCCUGAUGGGAAAUAUCGCCUGUGGCACUGAACCUUAUAUCAAGAACACGGACUCCAGCAAGACUGUUCAGAAAAUAUUGAAGUCCAACAAACAGUUCUGCAGUAAACUGGGGAAGUACCGUAUGCCGUUCGCCUGGUCCAUCAGGCCAGUGUUUAAGGACAACCAUGGGGCACUGGACCGAGAGUCUCGUUUCUCGCCUCUAUUCAAACAAGAGAGUAACAAGAUUUCCACAGACGACCUGAUUAAGCUGGUGGCUGAAUACAGGAGGGCUGAGAAGACCAGCAAAAUGCAGACUGUUCCCGGGACGCUCGACAUCUCAAUGGACUACAUUCCAAUGGAGCAUCCCAAUUGCGUGACGUCCUCCUACGUGCCCGUGAAGCCCUUUGAAGACCUGAGCAAGAACCAGCCGACGGUGGAGGUGGAGGAGUUCGUGCAGGACAGCACCAAGUUCACGCAGCCGCACCGCGUCUACAGAAACCACAUCUACGUCUACCCCAAACACCUCAAGUACGACGGCCAGAAGAGCUUUGCCAAGGCUCGUAACCUCGCAGUCUAUGUGGAGUUCCGCAGCUCAGAUGAAGAGGUUGCCAAGCCCUUAAAGUGUAUCUACGGUAAGCCAGGAGGGCCCGUCUUCACCACAGCAGCCUGCUCCACAGUCCUACAUCACUCCCAGAAUCCAGACUUCUAUGACGAGGUGAAGAUCGAGCUCCCGACACAACUUCAUGAAAAGCACCAUCUUCUGUUCUCCUUUUACCACGUCACCUGUGACAUCAAUGCCAAGACAAAUGCAAAGAGGAAAGAGACCUUGGAGACUCCAGUGGGGUAUUCUUGGCUGCCGGUUCUCAAAGAGGGCCGCGUCUCAUCUCAGGAGUUCAGCAUCUCCGUUUCCUGUAACCUGCCGCCUGGAUACCUGGCCAUCAAGGAAGCCAGCAGCUCCAAGAACGGAGCUGACGUGAAAUGGGUCGAUGGAGGGAAACCUAUCUUUAAAGUGUCCACCAAUGUCAUCUCCACCGUAUACACUCAGGACCCCCACCUGAACCGUUUCUUCCAGCAGUGCCAGAAGAGAGAGCUGGACCUCUCUCAGCCUCCUACCUCCAACUUCCUUAACUGCCUGAAGGGUCUCCUCAGUAUGGAGAGAAUCCCAGUGAUAGUUCGUUUUCUGCCUGUGCUCUUCAACCAGCUGUUCAAGGUUUUAACUCAGAAUGAUAACGACGAGGUCACUACUGCCACCACCAGAGUUUUGGUCCAUCUUGUUGCCAAAUGCCACGAAGAAAACCUGGACCACUACCUGCACUCCUACAUAAAGUAUGUGUUCAAGUCAGAGGCGCAUGGCUUCAGGACUGUUCACGAGGAGCUGGCUAAAGGGAUGACCUUUGACCUGAAGAGCAAUGAACAGGCAGCAGUCAAGAAUGCUCUGAAGUUCUCCUGGUUCUUCUUUGAGCUCAUCGUCAAGUCCAUGGCCCAACAUUUGGAUGACUCUGACAAAGUAAAGCUUCCGAGGCCGCAGCGUUUCCCCUCGUCCUACCUGAGCCGCAUGGAGACGCUGGUGGAGACGGUGUCCGAGCACAUCUUCUGGAAGAACAAGGAACUGGCAGAGGAAACGCGCAGUGCCAACUUAGCCGUGGCAGCUUUUGUCAAGCGCUGCUUCACUCUGAUGGACAGAGGCUUCACAUUCAAACUGAUCAGCAACUAUGUGAACAUGAUCACCGCUACUGACAGCAAGGUCCUGUGUGAGCUGAAGUUUGAAUUCCUGAGAGAGGUGUGCAACCACGAGCACUACAUCCCUCUCAGCCUGCCCUUACCCUCGGCUCGCAUCACAGACCAUGCAUCCCCAGAGCCACAAACUACCCAUGUGUCGGUGCCCGAGUACAAUCUGACCGGAGAGUUCUGCAGGAAACACUUCCUGACCGGCCUGUUGCUGAGGGAAUUGGGGCUUGCCCUCCAGGAUGAGCAGGACCUGAGACACCUAGCCUUGGCCACCCUGAAGACGCUUAUGGCCAAACACUCUCUGGACGCACGAUAUGCCACCAAGGAGAAACAGGCCAGGAUUGCGUCUCUCUACCUGCCCCUGUACGGCCUGAUCCUGGACAACAUGCCUCGAUUCUUCCUCAGGGACAUCUUCCCCAUCUACUUCACUUCUAGUGACCAAGGUUCUCGAGAUGACCUCAGCGUGGGAGUGGCUGGAGGGAUUAUCCCUGUCACUCGCCACGGCCACUCGGUGGACGCCUCCUUUUCCAAAGAAGUACUCAACUCCAUUACAGCCUUCUCGUCCUUGGCAGUUGCUACGGGUAACCAGGCCGAUUCUCGAGGCUCUCUGAUCAGCGUGGACUCAAACCCUAGCAACAGUGACAGGAACAGUGAGAAGAUGGAUGGAUGUGAGAAGUUUGCACGACCCCAGUCCCUGAUAGGCUACGGUUCACGCUGCGACAAGCUGGACCAGGCGGAGACCCGCGGCCUCCUCAUGUGCUUUCUGCACAUCAUGAAAACCAUAUCUGAAGAGGUACUGGUGUCCUAUUGGCACAGGGCCAUUCAUCAGGAAAUCUCAGACUUCUUCAACAUCCUGGAGUUGUGUCUGCAGCACUUCAGGUUCCUCGGAAAACGCCACAUAGCCAGGAAGCUAGCAGCGGCACUAAAGCUGGCCCAGUCAACCCAGGCCAAUGGCACCUUGAAGGGCUCUAACCACCCCACCACUCAACCCUCAAGCAUCUUCCCACAAUGGAUGGCGUCCGGAGGGGAAGGCCACCGGCACGCCCGCUCUCAAACCAUGCCCAUCAUCAGGGGCAAGAACGCCCUCACCAACCCCAAGCUGCUGCAGAUGAUGGAAACAGAUGCGAGCAUUCAGGAUGGGGACUCGCUGAGUCCUACAGACAUCGAGGCAAACUUGUCCACUGAAGUGGCGCUCACUGUGCUGGAUGUGCUAGAGCUCUUUGUUCACCAUCACAAGAAGCAGCUGUUGCUGGAUGAUGGCCAGAACACUCUGAUGAAGAAGGUGCUGGACACCUACUUGCUCUUCUUUCAGAUCAACCAAUCAACUGCCACUCUACGGCAUGUCUUCGCUGCACUCAGGCUUUUUGUACAAAAGUUCCCCAGUGCAUUUUUCCAGGGUAAGGCAGACCUGUGUGGCUGUCUGUGCUAUGAGAUCCUCAAGUGCUGUAACCAUCGAUCCAGCUCCACCCAGAUGGAGGCAGCUGCCCUGCUGUAUUUUUUCAUGAGAAAAAACUUUGAGUUUACCAAGGGCAAGUCUAUAGUCCGCUCACAUCUGCAGGUUAUCAAAGCUGUGAGCCAGCUGAUAGCAGAUGCUGGAAUUGGAGGCUCAAGGUUUCAACAGUCGCUGGCCAUCAUCAACAACUUUGCCAACGGAGACGCACCACUCAAGAACACUCCAUUCCCUGCUGAGGUGAAGGACCUAACCAAACGAAUCAGGACGGUUCUGAUGGCCACAGCUCAAAUGAAGGAGCACGAGAAGGAUCCAGAAAUGCUGGUGGAUCUGCAGUACAGUCUGGCCAACUCCUACGCCAGCACGCCCGAGCUUCGUCGCACCUGGCUGGAGAGCAUGGCCAAGGUUCACGUCCGCAACGGAGAUCUCUCAGAGGCUGCUAUGUGCUACAUCCACAUCUCAGCCCUGAUCGCUGAGUCGCUGAAGAGGAGAGGCUACUGGAGAGUUGACAAGGCCAGGAUGUCCGGUGUGUCCCCCGAAGAAAGCCCUGUCUAUAAAUGUAGCUCCUUACUAACUACCUCCCGAGAUCAAGACACGUCCUUCUCCAUGGGCUGGGCAGCGUUCAUGUGCAUCAGCCCCAAUGUAAAAGAGGAAGGUGCCAUGAAGGAAGACACCGGUACACAAGACACGCCGUACACUGAGGACACCCUGGUGGAGCAGCUGGAGCUGUGCGUGGACUAUUUGUGGAAGUCGGAGCGACACGAGCUCAUCGCUGACAUCAACAAACCCGUGAUUGCCGUCUAUGAAAAGAGGAGGGACUUCAAGAGACUGUCGGAGCUGUACUACGACAUCCACCGCUCGUACCUGAAGGUGACGGAGGUGGUGAACUCAGAGAAGCGACUCUUCGGCCGCUACUACCGCGUGGCUUUCUACGGCCAGGGUUUCUUUGAGGAGGAAGAGAGCAAAGAGUUCAUCUACAAAGAGCCAAAACUCACCGGGCUUUCAGAAAUCUCCCAGAGAUUACUGAAACUCUACUCUGACAAGUUUGGAGCCGAUAAUGUGAAGAUGAUCCAGGACUCCAACAAGGUUAAUCCCAAAGACCUGGACCCCAAGUUCGCCUACAUUCAGGUGACGUACGUGGUGCCCUACUUUGACGAGAAAGAGCAGCAGGAAAAAAAGACAGAUUUCGAGAGGCAUCACAACAUCAACCGCUUUGUGUUUGAGACGCCGUUUACUCUGUCGGGAAAGAAACACGGAGAUGUGGAGGAGCAAUGCAAGAGACGCACCAUACUGACCACGAGCUCCAGCUUCCCGUAUCUAAAAAAGCGCAUCCAGGUGGUGGAGCAGCAAAGCACAGAAAUGAAUCCGAUCGAAGUAGCCAUUGAUGAGAUGUCACGGAAAGUCUCGGAGCUCAACCAGCUCUGCAACAUGGAGGAGGUGGACAUGAUCCGGCUGCAGCUGAAACUGCAGGGCAGUGUCAGCGUCAAGGUCAACGCAGGUCCUAUGGCUUACGCCAGAGCGUUCUUGGAGGAGAAGAAUGCUAAGAAAUACCCAGACAACCAGGUCAAACUUCUUAAGGAGAUCUUCAGGCAGUUUGCGGAAGCCUGUGGUCAGGCUCUGGAUGUGAACGAGCGUCUGAUCAAGGAGGACCAGCUGGAGUACCAGGAAGAGAUGAGAGCUCACUACCGGGACAUGCUGACCGAGCUGUCCGGCAUCAUGAAUGAACAGCUUCAAAAAAGUGCUCUUGCCUUCAGUACCUCCUGUCUGUCUAACAGUUCUCUGUCCACUCAUUCUAAGACUGAUUCCUCACACAAGACAACCAGGAACGGAGCGGCACAGCACCUACUGAACGGCCACUAGACUCACCAGAAAUUCUUUGUGCCAGUUCGAGCCUCAGAGCGGCUCAUUCGUUUAUUUCUGACUCUAGUCUCUUUUUUAAAUUUUUUUUAUUUCAUUUUUCCUGCUGCAGGGAGCAGCGAGCUAGUAGAACUGUGACUGACGGCGAGUGUAGAGAAAACAAGGCAAGAAGAAGUGUGUAGACUGUGGUUGUGGUAGUCCGUAGUCUUGUCGUUGAAUUUUGACCGUCUACAGUAGAGGCCAGGCUGCUGGACUGUUAGCGUGUUUUGGUUUUAGAGACUCAAUCCGUGUGUCGUAUAGGUCCCCCCCGCCCCGACCAACUGACUCAUCAGCUUACACAAACAAACACAUACGUUGGUAUACACAAACACACGACAUGCGCCUUCUCUCCACGACCCCGACCCUUUAGAGAACAGUGACCUUACUGAGCUUGAGGUGCGUUCAGCCGCAGCGCGUGUAAUAUACAGUUUUCUGGUGCAACUUUUUUUUUACAUUUUCCCCCGUGGAAUAUCGUUGUACUUCAAACUAUCAAUCCUUCAAGAUGACUAAUGUGAAGAAAAAAAAAAAAGAAUUUGAAGAGUUGAAUACAGGUCUCAAUUAACCAAGAGUCCCAAGGGUUGAACGCACCUCCGGUUCUUGUUUGAAUGUAGAGCAGCUCCACAUUGCUACUUUGUAUCCUUGCUAACAUUCUGGAAAUAUCAGCUUGCCAAUUUUCAAACGGAAAAAAAAGAAAAGAAAAGAAAAUUAUGUUUUGUAACAUUUUUAUAAUUGAAAUCGCAUUGUUACUGUUAUUAUUUCCUGUACUGUUUUGAAUUGUAAAUAA